GCAUCUCAAAGAUGCUAUGAUUCCUGAUCGGUAUAAUUCACUAUUUUAUUACUUCAGCUGUUGUGUAUUAUUCAUUUGUCACUCUUAAAUUAUUUAAAUUUGUGGAACUUUUUGCACGCAAUGAAGCCAUCUGUGUCGUCCAUCUUCUAUCUUAUGGAACAGUUGUAACAUUAAGUUUCAGAACUUUCGCAUAUUGCAUACGUCAUUUGAUACGGCGGCACGAAGCGAACGGCGAACAAGCUACUUGUUCAAGAGACGGUGAUCUGCCCGAAGUUUUUGCUGUCAUUUCACCGGUUCAUGCACCACUCUUUUAUUUUGCGCUUGCUCGAGAAUGUGUGUGUUAUCUGCACAAUAGUUUGGAAAGAUUGAAGAAUUUGCUCAAUGUUGUUUAUCGAUGCACAUUCCCAACUGAUGGUAGUUCUUUACAUGUUUUCGAAGAAGCCAGAGAUGGUGCCAAGCGGAAUAUUGUAAUCCGAGGGCAGGAUCCUAUAUUGGGUCAAUCAGAUUGUUCUGCAAUUGUUCAGCGCAUGGGGCCAGAAGUUACAGUUGCUAUAAUUGGAGCUCUAUUGGCUGAGCAACGAGUUAUCAUUGUUGGUGGCUCGGUACAAUGUGUUUGCCAUGCAGUUCAGUCAGUCGCUUGUUUAUUGCAUCCAUUUUCAUGGCCUUAUACAUUAAUCCCAGUUUUACCAGAUUCUUUGUUAGAAAUAGUAAAUUCUCCAACACCGUAUCUUAUGGGGUUAUUAAGGACAAACAUGUAUAAAUUGAAGCCUUUGGUUGUAAAGGACAAGAACCGACGUACUGAUGAUCUCACCCAGGAGGACCUUGUUAUAGUCGAUCUCGACGGCGGUAUAUUUGUGCCACAACUUACUGAAAUGUAUGCCGCAAAUGAGAAUGCUGAUUUUAAAGCAAAAAAUGCAUUCGCAUUAUGUGAAAAACUUUUGGUGCCCAGGAAGCUUGCAGUAAGUCUUGCCACCAAACUCAAAGAAGCUAUCGCUGUUGGUGAAGGCCCUCGUGCUGAUUUUUUGCUUCAAAAAGCAAUGCUGUCGUGGUUUGCAGCUCUAAUUUGGCCUUACAAAAGUUGUGGCUUCUAUGCUGCAUUUAUCGCCGAAUCAAAUGGUGAUUUUGAAUCCAUUCGAACUAGCAAAGCUCAGCUGGUCGCCUCACAUAGUUCUAAAUCUGCCCGACGCUUUACGGAAUGGUUUGUCGAAACUGGGAUUUUUCGUGAAUGGAUCCGUCGAAAGGUGACUAGUGUUUCGGAAAUGAACAACACGAUUCCGCAUAACGUGGAAAAUGUGGCAAAUCAGAAAUUCGACGAAUGCGUCAUUGCUGUAACUCCUCAAGUAUCCCAAAUGGGUGUGACUAAUAUAUUCGCAAAAGCACACAACCUUAUCUUUCGUUCUCAUUUGUUGAAGUUGUGAGCUUAAUAAGGCAAAACUCUGUACUGCUGAAUAAAAUAUUUAGGAA